GAUAUCUGGAGGCUGGAACAGACUUGCGCAAGUCACUGACUCUGUUUGCCUGUGAGCUCCACAGCUCGCUCUGUGUCUGACAGUGUUUCGAUCCAGUCUCAACUAAUGUUCCGCGAGUCAGGGUGAAGAGGAUAAAAUGCACAUUUUAACCCGAAGCUGCGUGUUGUAUUUGUGGAUACAUAUACUGACCUUUGUAAAAAGUCAAGAUUGUACACUUGAACAGUUUGUAAAUGGCCCCCAUUAUGAUUCAAAUUUUGACACCACCAGUAUGCAGGCCAGCUACGCUGAUAAAAAACAAGUAAGAGUGAACUGCAAUAUUGGCUUCAGUGGCUUUUUCAAACUGUCGUGUGAAAAUGGAAACUGGGAGCCCAAGGGCACGAAAUGUCAACCGAGAUCAUGCGGUCAUCCCGGCGAUGCGCAGUUUGCAGAUUUUCAACUGGAGAAGGGAGACGAUUUUGUCUUUGGGUCACAAGUUGUGUACACCUGCCACAAAGGUAGUGACUGUUCAUUUGCCUUUACAUCAGGAAUGUUGCAGUCAUAUUCAUGCUUGUGUGUGGAUUCUUCAACAGAGGUGAAAUGUUCAGUACCUGUGAUUGAAAAUGGUGAAGUUCUGGGACGUGUCACAGAGUACAAAGAACAUGAAACCCUACAUUUUGUGUGCAAUCCUAAGUACAAGCCCGCUGAAGACAGACCUUCAAAAUGCACAAAACUAGGACAAAAAGCAGAGUUUACCCCCACACCUGUGUGUGAACAAACUAAAUGUAAACUGCAGCUACUCCAAGGAACACGUUAUGAACCUCACAGAAAUGUGUUUUUGCCCGGUGAGACUUUAAGAGUCAUAUGUGGAAAUAAGUACUGGAUUGUGGAUCCUCAGAGCAACUCAGCAGAAUUUACAUGUGGAGACGAUGGGAACUGGGAUAAUGACCCAGUAUGCAAAGAGGUUACAUGCAGCCGUCCAAAUGACUGGCAGUUACGUGACUGGAAGGUCCGUGAAUUUCGUGGCACUAACUGGUAUUAUUGGAGACAAAGAUUUUCUUUGGACGACACUGCAAGUUACGACUGUGUCUCAGGCUACAGGAGGACAGGUGAUGCCAGCCUGGCCGAAUGCACCAGAAGUGGGUGGACACCAAAUCCACUCUGUGAAGCACCGGUUUUGUUUGUUUUAACAAGACUAACAAUCAGCAGUCAUGCUAGUGGCUUUGUAGUUAUGGCUGCAACAUGUCAAAAACCUGAACUUCCUAAUGGAUUUAUGGUUGGCCCAUUUGAUGGAAAACUGUACUAUACCUGCAAUGAAGAUUAUAAGCUUUUGACUGAGGGCUGGUGGGGUGAAGCCAAAUGUAAUAGCGAUGAGCUGUCUGAACUUCAGUGCAUCGAUAAAACUAGUUGUGGACCAAUUCCUGAGAUUCCUAAUGGAGAAGUGACGUCUCAAAGAACAAGUUACACAGAUAGAGAAGAGGUAGAGGUCAGAUGUGAGCGAGGAUCCUUUCAACAGCUGGCCCGCUUGACUUGUCGCCAGGGAGAAUGGCAGUCAAACAGAGGAUCACUUAAAGAAACAUGCAAACCUCCUGGCACUUCCUGCAGUCCCCCACCUAAAGUUGAGAAUGCUGUUAUUAUGACUUCAUAUCAGAAGGAGUACUUUUCUGAUACUGAAGUAACUUAUCAGUGCCGUGAUACGCAUACACUGAUGGGAGGAAACACGAUUAAAUGCAAUAAGGGGAACUGGGAGAAGCUGGGCACUACAAACGAGAACAUUUCUUGUACACGUAUGUAUAAAGACGUUUCACAGAGUCACAACUUCGACACAGUAACACCUAAAUUUCUACUUUCUGUCAUUGCUCACAAUAUUCUAGGUCUUGUGGAAUGUGGGAGACCUCCACCUCUUGCAGAUGCAGACAUACAGGGAUCUUUAAAAUCCAAGUACAGUCAUAAUGAAAAGGUCGUAUAUACCUGUCAGCAGUACUACGUCAUGGAGGGCAGGCCUCACAGAACCUGCAGCAAUGGCAAAUGGACUGGAGACUUGAGAUGCCUGAAACCCUGCACUGUGACUGAUGAAGCCAUGAGACAACGUAAUAUUGCAUUCAGAUAUACUUAUGAAAAAAAGCUGUAUGCAUCCCAUAAUGAUGAAAUCGAGUUCAUGUGUACCGGACGAACAACCCAUGUUGGCACAGUAACAAUGCAUCCGACCUGUAUUGACGGUGAGAUCCAGCUGCCCACUUGCCACUAAAGGGAUUUAAUCAGUUGGACGUGAUGAACGUUGUUGAUCUGACUGGACAAACAUGUAACUGAUCAACCAGAAGAAGAGUCAUGUAUCGACCCAGUGUCUGCUCUUCAGUGCUGUGUGUGGUCGUUUUAAUAAAUCAUAUAAGCUCAGUCUGUUUCCAGCCGCAGUGUUUUAUGAGAAUGGUAAAUGGUUUUGUAUAGCUCUUUUUUUACACACUAAUGCACAUUCAAAGCACUUUACAGUUUCCCAUUCACCC